CGAACCGAAAUAAAUCGAACGACGCCGAGGCGAUCAGCAGUACGGUGCUCGCUGGACGCGGCUGUUUCGCGUUAGUGAUGAUCAAAACGAGUCGUCGUGGUCGUUGUUUGCGGCAUUUCGCGAAGACGAGGGAACCGUGAUCCGGGAUCAAAGGCUCGAGGCAUCGAAGAGGCCGAGGACACGCGUCGUCGUUCGUUGCCGCGGCCACGGAUGCAUAUGGAGUGCACUUCGCAUCAGAAGUGCGUAUAUUUGUUGUUUACACUCGCGCCGAGAGGGAUCCGCGACGCAAUUUCGACGGGAACCGCGCGACAAGCAAGCGCCUACGGCUGCCUACCAAGAGGAUCCACGAAUCUUUUGUCUGCCGUUUGUCGCGGUCACUCGCGGCGCGUCCUUUGUCCACCUUUUGGAUCGUCCCGGCCGAGGCGUUUUCGGUGAAACACGGCUAGGAUAAUGGGUGUCCCCGAACCGGCGCUGUCUGAACCAGCUCAACAGCUGAUCGGAGUACGAAGCGGCGGUGAACGGGGCCACUAUUGCACCAACCACCCCGCGAUUGGAAGAAAUUCAAUUCGAUAAUCGUCGCUGGUUAACGGCCAGACGUUCACCACACACGGGAGGAGAAAAGCGUCUCGACGUCACUUGAUAACAAUAACAGGAGAGAGGGAGAGAGCAAGAGAGAGAGAGAGAGAGAGAGAGCGCGCAAGAGAGAGAGGAAGAGGUGGAUAGAGGGGAACAGCGUGUGAUCAAGGGUUGGUGGCAGAGGGAGUGAGGAGAACGACGACGUCGACAAAGAAGAAGAAGAAGAAGAAGAGGAAGAAGACCGACAAGGGCGAGAGAGGAGAGAUCUCUCUGCUUGCUCGGACACGCCAUCAUGGUCAAAACUUUUCAAGCAUACCUGCCCUCGUGUCACCGCACUUACUCGUGCAUUCACUGCCGUGCUCACCUCGCCAACCACGACGAACUCAUCUCUAAGUCCUUCCAGGGCAGUCAAGGUCGUGCCUAUCUCUUUAAUUCAGUGGUGAACGUGGGCUGUGGACCUGCAGAGGAGCGAGUUCUGCUCACCGGCCUUCAUGCUGUGGCUGAUAUUUACUGCGAGUGCUGCAAGACCACCCUCGGGUGGAAAUACGAGCAUGCAUUCGAGUCGAGCCAGAAGUAUAAGGAGGGCAAGUUUAUAAUCGAGCUUGCACACAUGAUCAAGGAGAAUGGAUGGGAGUAAGUCGUGUCGGUGUACAAGGACUCGGUACAUCCCUGAACAGCGACGCCUAUUCUUUUGUCCUUGAUAAUGAUGAUGACGACGAUAAUGAUGAUGACGAUGAUGAUAACUACUACUACUACUACGACGACGAAGACGAUGAUGAUACACGCCUACAAUGUUGUUCUACUUGCAAUGUGCGGCCCCCUCCCCUCUGUCAAACCACCAACGAAAGUCUGUGAUUUCAUUUGUGAUUUGUAAUCUUAGUAACUGUUUUAUGUUUCGGACAAUUCGACGUUGGUUUUCGUUCUCUCUGAUCGACUCGUCGACAAGCGACAACCGAUGACGCCGGUGAUCCGCCGUGCCGCGGGUAUCGGGCAUACGAAGAGGAAGAAGAGGAAGUAUUGUAAAGAAAUUAUUUUUCAAAAAAAAAAAAAGCUAGGAACGAGAAGAAAGAAAGAAAGGAGCGAAGAGAAACGGAAGGAGGACGAGAAAAUCGAGGAGAAAAGAAGAGAAGAGAAGAGAAGGAAGAGACAGAGAGAGAGAGAGAGAGAGCGCGAGAGAGCUGGCAAGAACCGAGAAGUAAAUAAUGACGACGAGAAGCGAUGGUGAUGAAUAUGAUGACGACGAUGGUGCCAUGGCGGAGAGGAUAAAGACCCGAGAUCGGCCUGUUCGAACAGUGGGGUGCCCCACUUAAUUUUUCAAUUCAUUCAUCCACGCGAGACGUUCCGCCCACGCGCGCGCUCGUCCACGGUAAAAUGGUAAAAAAUUAACGCGCGGGGCACCCCGAUCGAUCAGUUUCGAAUCUGUUAUGCACCGGAGCAGCGCAAGUGCCCACAGACAUUGCUGGACUGACUGCCUGCCUGCCGCGGCGUCUAUCAUUGGAAUUUCACUGCCGAUAUUCCUAAUAUUAAUUAAGACUGCCGCGCCGCGUGUAGUUGGCGGCGCGGCAGCGGUAGAUCCUAGUAUAGCUUACGAUAUAGCGUACUAAAGCCUAUGUUACAAUAUUAUAGGACCUCAUGGACAUAGAAUGUAAGGAAUAUGUAAGAGUAAUGAAGCUGAGGAGAGGAGCAAAAUAAUGUGCAGGGAAUGAAAGAACGAGCGAGCGAGAGAGAGAGAGAGAGAGAGAGAGAGAGAGAGAGAGAGAGAAAACAGAGUGAUAUAAAAUACGAAUGAAAGAGGGAGAGAAAGAGCGAGAGAGAGAGAGCCAGAGUAUGAUAGGGAGAGAAAGACAAAACGUUACUUGUGUCGCGCGUACAUGUUUGAUUUUAUGUUCACCAUGCCUGCCAAACUGUCUGUUUGUCUGCCAGUCGCCAUUACUUGUUAGUGGAAUGAAAAACAAGAAGAAAAAAAAGAAAACCGUAUUCUAACAUGUUCACACAUUCUCGUCGGCUCUCGCAGGGUGUGGUAUGACUGAAUAAUAUUUUUUCGUUGUGAAACCAUCAUUUUUGGACUGCGCCUUCCUAAUUCACGCACCAUAAUGUAUUAAACGAUGAUGAGGAAAAAGAAAAGAAACGAAACUAAGAACGUAACUACUAAAACACGAACGAAAGAGAUAAAACAAAAGAAAAUAUAUGGAACAAAAUAAUUGCUCAUUACUUUUUAACAAUCGAUCUCAUUUGUAAAUAUUAAAUAGAGUUGAGUGUAAACGUUCACGAGUCACUGUAUCAUUCGGAGGUAGAGCGGAUAUCCGUUGUGUUCCACCUCAGGAUACCCCUUGUACACGAUUAAUUGAUUUCUAUCAUCGGUCAUUGAAAAGAGAGAGAGAGAAAAGAAAAAGCAGAAAAGUGCAUGAAGCUACGUUUGUUGACUUGUCACGUUUUUUUCACGCUAGACCGGUCUUCUAUACGGCGGCGAUGUUUUACCGUGUUUUCAUUUGUUCGUCAAGAUGUUACGUCUCGAGCACCGCAUGUGUGAAUUGGACAGGUUUCGUUCUAGGUGGCUUGUCGUGCUACCUUCGUUACUUAUCCGCGAAAUUUUAGGGCGUGUUGUAGCGACCGAAAUUAGAAAUCUCGAUCACGCUGUUCGACGCGUACAUAAUUUAGGUAUUUUUAUGACUUCGAGCCGUCGCGUUUCUGACAGAUAGAUCCUCGUCAGCCGAAUACUGAAUCUGUAAAUUCAUUCUUUCGGGCGUCUAGAAAAUUAAAAAGGUACUUUACAGAGCUCGCAUGUAUUCGGCUGACGGAGAAUCGUUCGCUCGAAGUUACGAAUCCUCGAAAAAAAAGAAAAAGAUGAAAAGCAUUGUUUGAACAGCGUCGCCGCGAUGUGGUACAUUCAUUCGUUGGAGCAUGUGUUUUUGUAUUGUACGACCGAAGUAACACACCCGAUGUAUCUCGUGUAAUAUAUCAAGACGAAGGUAGCAAUAAUCGUACGCGUGAAGAGAAAAAAAGAGAGAGAGAGAGAGUUUAUUUUUCUUUGAAUAACGAGAAAAUAACGAAUCGAUCAAAAGGUGUAACUGUGAAACACAAGUGUACAAAAAUUGAUCAGUUCUUAUAUAUAUUGUGCUAGACAUCUCCGACAAAAAAAAGCAUAGAUUGAGUAAUGGAUACGUGUGAAAACCGAAUAAAUAUACCGGGUGGAGUUUUAACGGGAUUUGCGAAAGGGAAAUGGGUAUAUUCGUAUGUUCAUUGUUUUAAAUGCAUACAUAUGAACGAUGCGAUGUGUAUUUUGCGUGCGUGUCUCGGAACAAGUGGUGAAUGAAUGUGCCGGCCUAAUCCUACAUGCUGUCUCUUGGAGAGUACUUUUUAUAUUACUGUGCCGAUGCCCCCCCUUUGUCCGCGCACUCACUUUUCUGAGAGUCUUGUUAAAUUGUGGCCCACCAACACCGAAUUCUAUAGUUUCCAGCCUCCACCGACAUCCACCCAUUACCACCAUUACACAAUUUUGCUUUGUAAAACAUGUUCAUAAUAAAAACAAAGAGGAAAUACAAAGUAUUUAAUCGA